AUGUCUAACAUUAACGAUAAACUACCAGAAAUUCUUCAAGAGGCAGUUCUUAUGGAAUCUGUGCCUGUUCCAGACCAUUUCGUAAAGGUUGAAGGUAUCGACUACUCUAAGGAGAAUGCUACUGAUAUGCGUGCUAGUGACUUGAUUAACGCCAUGAAAACCAUGGGUUUCCAAGCUAGUUCUGUUGGUCAAGCUUGCGACAUUAUAGACAAUAUGAGAUCAUGGAGAGGUAAGCACAUUGACGAGUUAGAUGACCAUGACAAAAAGGGUUCCUUUGAUGAAAAUGGUGUCCAAAAAACUACAAUCUUUAUGGGUUACACUUCUAAUUUGAUUAGUUCUGGUCUAAGAGAAACUUUGAGAUAUUUAGUUCAACAUAAAAUGGUUGAUGCUAUUGUCACCUCUGCUGGUGGUAUCGAAGAAGAUUUCAUCAAAUGUUUGGCUCCAACAUAUCUAGGUGAAUUUGCUUGGAAAGGUGCUGAUCUACGUAAAGAAGGUAUGAACAGAAUUGGUAAUUUAGUUGUUCCAAAUGAUAACUAUUGUAAAUUCGAAGAAUGGAUCGUUCCAAUCUUAGACAAGAUGCUAGAGGAACAAGAAGAAUAUGUCAAAAAACAUGGUGAUUCUUGUUUAGAUGCGAACCAAGAACUAAACACCCCAAUCUGGACCCCAUCUAAGAUGAUCGAUAGAUUAGGUAAAGAGAUUAACGAUGAACGUUCAGUUCUAUACUGGGCUCACAAGAACAAGAUCCCUGUCUUCUGUCCAUCUAUUACUGAUGGUUCCAUUGGUGAUAUGUUAUUCUUCCACACUUUCAAGGCCUCUCCAAAGCAACUGAGACUUGAUAUUGUUGCUGAUAUCAGAAAGAUCAACUCCAUGUCCAUGGAGGCUUCCAGAGCUGGUAUGUUGAUUUUAGGUGGUGGUCUAAUUAAGCAUCAUAUUGCUAACGCUUGUCUAAUGAGAAAUGGUGCUGACUAUGCUGUCUACAUCAAUACUGGUCAAGAAUUCGAUGGUUCUGACGCUGGUGCUAGACCAGAUGAAGCUGUUUCUUGGGGUAAAAUUAAGGCUGAAGCUAAGUCUGUUAAGGUUUACGCUGAUGUCACCGUCGUUUUCCCAUUGAUCGUUGCUGCUACUUUUGCCAGUGGUAAGGGUAUCAAGUACACCAAGGAAUAA